AUGAGGUACAGGAAUAACAUCACAGAAUUUAUUCUUCUAGGACUUUCUCAGAAAAAGGAAAUAGAGGUCCUCUGCUUUUUACUAUUUUUUCUUUGUUACAUUGUAAUUUUGACUGGAAACCUUCUUAUUAUGAUUUCUAUCACCUGCAGUCAACUUAUUAACCAGCCCAUGUAUUUUUUCCUGAGUUACCUCUCUCUCUCUGACCUUUGCUAUACAUCUACUGUGACCCCCAAACUAAUCAUUGACUUACUAGCAACAAAAAAGUCCAUUUCCUUCAAUGGGUGCAUGACACAGCUCUUUACCAUGCACUUCUUUGGAGGGAUUGAGGUCUUCAUCCUUACUGGAAUGGCCUACGACCGCUACGUGGCCAUCUGCAAGCCCCUGCACUAUACUAUAAUCAUGAGCAGAAGGAGAUGUGAUGCUCUGAUUGCUGCUUCCUGUGCGGGAGGAUUCCUUCAUUCCUUUGGUCAGUUCCUCCUCGCCAUCUUCUUACCCUACUGUGGCCCCAAUGAAAUAGAUCACUACUUCUGUGAUGUGUACCCUUUGCUAAAUCUGGCCUGCACUGACACAAGAAGAAUUGGUUUCUUGGUCAUUGCCAAUUCUGGCCUGAUGGGCCUCGUGACUUUUGUGGUCUUGUUGAUGUCUUACGCUGUGAUCUUAUAUACCGUCAGGUCCUAUUCAGUGGAGAAUCGCCACAAAGCUCUUUCAACAUGCAGUUCACAUAUCACUGUGGUGGUUCUUUUUUUUGCUCCUUUACUGUUCAUUUACAUUCGUCCAGCAACAACUUUACCAGAAGACAAAGUGUUUGCACUUUUCUACACCAUAAUUGCCCCCAUGCUCAAUCCUCUGAUCUACACACUGAGAAACAUGGAGAUGAAGAAUGCCAUAAGGAAACUGUGGAGUCAAAUCAUAGGACAUCCCUGA